UAACAUGUGGAUGCAGCCAUUUUAUUUAUGGAGAGAAAACUAUACACACCUGCUUUCUAAUGAAUGGAAAAUGAAGACAAUAUAUGCGCGUGCGUACCGCCAAAGCCGAGAGAAGUUUCAUUCAUGCUAAAAAAAAAAAAAAAAAAAAAAGUUAAAACCCAGACUCUCCACUACUUCGCAAAGUGGAUAAAGAAAAGCUGGGUAAGGCAUAAGGUCUUUUCCAACAUGAAGGCAAGGACGAGGAAGCUUUGGGAACGACAUAAUCUUUUAUACUUCGAUAAAUGGACUUUGAAUUAACCGCAGAAGGGAGACAUAACCAGAGACGGCGCUGCUUACUUCUUGCUAGCUGAGCCCGAAGCCAUCGGACUUUGUUGGUAACUCAAGUCAAGUAAGUCAAGCAAGGACUGGUCUAAUUGGCCUUUUUAUCCACACUUCCUCUGGAAAACAGCGGGCCACAACGUCACCUUGGACGAAUGUCAUAGGAUGAACACUGCUGGUGGGGUGUGUCUGUCUGUGCUGUCCUCCUUCCUGGCUGUGGCCGGGGCCCUGGCUGCUGCGUCUGCCCUCACUCUAGCUCCUCUCUCUGCCCUGGCUGAGGCUGCCUAUGGGGCUGCCAGUGGCAUCCCCAACGCCGGGGCAGAGGGGACCCUCUCGCCCAUCUCCUCCCCGUGCUCCAGCCUCGUAGCUGGUGUGCUUUAUGGGUCUUUCUCCCUAAGGGAGCUCUUUCCCUCCAGGGCACCGGGCUGCUCCUGGUCCCUGGAGAACCCUGAUCCCACCAAGUACUCCCUCUACCUCCGCUUCACCCGCCACCCCACCAUCUGCCGGACACACUCCCCCAUGCUUCUCUCCCUUGACCACCACCUGGCCAAUCAAAGUUGUCCCCUUCACUUACAGACGGCCGCCGCCAGGGACCAAGAAAUCAUCGACCUCUGUGGCAGCCAAUCCAACUCAGAUGGACCAUACUCUUUCCUGCAGUUUGACAAGAACUUUGUCCAACUUUGUCUAACCAGACACCCAGCUGCAGACGAGCCUCAGGUAACCAAGGACAUGUUGGAGCUGAGACUGGUAGAGGUAUUGCUCAUCAACAAUGAGAACUCUAGUCAGUUUACCUGUGGCGUGCUCUGCCGAUGGUUUGAGGAGUGUUUACGCACAAGUCGCCAUGGAGACUUAGAGAUUGCAAAUGGCGAUGGCUGUGGGAUGACGCAAACGGGCUGCAUCUGUCCCAACCACAAUAUCAUGGCACCACCUAUUCCACUACUCCCUGCAACGCCCCAUAGUUUCAGCAAUGGUUCACUGGUUCCUGAUGACUGCUGUGUCACUGAGCUGCAUUCCAAUGAUGCAAUCGCCAUAGCGCCUAGAGAUGUCCGACAAGAUGUGUAUGAUGAUGAUGAUCUGAAGGUAAAGACCCAGAGACCACGAUCAGCCGACCAGCCAGGUGUGUUUCAGGCACAAACAGGUGACCCUGCAGCAGAGGAGUGGUCACAGUGGAGUGUGUGUUCACUGACGUGUGGGCAGGGCUGGCAGGUGAGGACGCGGUCCUGUGUUUCCUCCCCCUACGGGACGCUGUGCAGCGGCGCCCUGCGGGAAACACGCAUGUGCAACAACACCGCCUCCUGUCCAGGUGAGCCUGGAAUCACCGGCUCAGUGCAUGGGCUGUGGGAGGAGUGGUCGUCUUGGAGUCUGUGCUCUGUGACCUGUGGGCGGGGCUCCAGGACUCGAACCAGGAAGUGUGUGAACGGAGGCGGGGCCACACCUUGCGGAAGGCCCGAGACUCAGACCAAACUCUGCAACAUAGCAGUGUGUCCUGUGGAGGGCCAGUGGUUGGACUGGGCGCCGUGGUCUCGAUGCAGUGUCACGUGUAACACCGGGACCCAGCAGAGACAGAGACGGUGCAGCUCGUCGGUGCACGGCUGGGCCGAGUGUAAGGGCCCUCAUCAGGAGAGCAGGGAAUGCACGAAUCCCGCGUGUGGCGGUGGAGGUAACUGGGGCAGCUGGAACCACUGGAGCCUGUGCAGCAAGACAUGUGACUCGGGUUGGCAGCGUCGUUUCAGGAUGUGUGAGGGCACUGGGAUCCAGGGCUACCCCUGUGACGGCUCCGGAGAGGAGGUCCGCUCUUGCAACGAGAAGAAGUGCCCCGCGCCUCAUGAGAUUUGCAAAGACGAGCACCUUCUGUCUAUGACGUGGAAGAGAGCUUCAGCUGGUGAAACGGUCUACAACAAGUGUCCGACUAAUGCCACUGGAUCUGCUAGUCGUCGUUGCAUGCUGGACAAUAAUGGAGUUGCUUUCUGGGGUCCUCCGAGCUUCGCCAGAUGCGUCUCACUCGAAUAUAGAUAUUUACAUUUAUCUUUGCGAGAGCAUCUUGCGAAGGGUCAGAGGACCCUGGCUGGGGAGGGCAUGUCUCAGAUCGUAAGGAGUCUCCUGGAGCUCUUGCAGAGGAGGAGCUACUACAGCGGCGACCUUCUCUUCUCCACGGAGAUUCUGCGAAAUGUGACGGACACCUUCAAAAGAGCAACCUACAUCCCAGCUCCCGACGACGUGCAGAAAUUCUUCCAGGUAGUCAGCUAUAUGUUGGACAUAGAAAAUCUGGAGAAAUGGGAGGACGCUCACCAGGUCUCUCCCGGUGCUGCCUUGCUGAUGAGGAUAUUAGAGGAUUUCAUCCACCUCAUCGGAGAGGCUCAGAAGCCAUUCCAAAGUUUUCUGGUGGUUACUAACAACCUCAUGAUAACCAUCCAGCGUGAGCCGGUGUCAGCGGUCUCCAGCGAUAUCAACUUUCCCAUGAAGGGCCGCAGAGGGAUGAAAGACUGGGCCAGGACAGCAGAGGACAAGCUCUACAUCCCUAAAGAGGUCUUCACCAUCCCCACUGAAGAGACAGAGACAGAGUCAGACGCCACCUUGUACUACGUGAUCGGAGCCAUCCUGUACAGGACGCUGGGUGUCAUCUUGCCUGCACCAAAUCCCCCUGCGGUGAUCAACUCCAAGAUCCUGACUGUGACAAUACGACCAGAGCCACAACCCAGCGAACCCAUGGUGGUGGUGGAGCUGUCACCGCUUCUCAAUGGUACAUCGGAUCCUCAGUGCGUACUGUGGGACUAUGGCAACCCGGAAGCUGGCGCGGAAAACUGGGGCACUGAAGGCUGCCAAACGUUCACGUCAAGCGCCGUCCACACCAAAUGCCUGUGCAGCAGGAUAUCCACCUACGCCGUGUUAGCGCAGCAAGCUAAAGACCCGGACAUGGGUCCAACCAGCAUGCCCUCGGUGCCCCUCAUGGUGGGCUGUGGGGUCUCCUGCACUGCCCUGCUCAUCCUGCUGCUAAUUUACGCUGCCUUCUGGAGGUACAUCCGUUCAGAGAGAUCGAUCAUCUUGGUGAACUUCUGUCUCUCCAUCCUGGCCUCCAACAUGCUGAUUUUGGUGGGACAAUCUCAAACACUUAGCAAGGGUCUUUGUACUGUGACUGCUGCCUUCUUGCAUUUCUUCUUCUUGGCCUCCUUCUGCUGGGUGCUGACGGAGGCGUGGCAGUCCUACCUGGCUGUCAUCGGCAAGAUGAGGUCGCGACUCAUCCGAAAGCGUUUCCUGUGCCUCGGCUGGGGUCUUCCAGCCCUAGUUGUAGCAGUGUCGGUGGGCUUCACCAGAGCCAGAGGUUACGGCACACCCAGCUAUUGCUGGUUAUCCUUGGAGGGUGGUCUCCUCUAUGCCUUCGUGGGGCCCGCUGCUGUCAUUGUACUGGUGAAUAUGCUCAUUGGAAUUGUGGUGUUUAAUAAGCUAAUGUCCCGGGACGGCAUCUCGGACAAGUCGAAAAAACAGCGGGCAGGUGUCCCGGCGGAGGCGCGUAGCCGACUGCUCCUGAAAUGCUCCAAGUGUGGCGUGAUCUCAAGCACCGCUAUGUCCAGCUCUACUGCCAGCAGUGCCAUGGCCUCCCUGUGGAGUUCCUGUGUGGUUCUCCCUCUCUUGGCAUUGACCUGGAUGUCAGCGGUGCUGGCCAUUACCGACCGGCGCUCCACACUCUUCCAGGUUCUCUUUGCCGUUUUUGACUCUGUCCAAGGUUUUGUCAUCAUCACCGUCCACUGUGCCAUGCGCCGAGAGGUGCAGGACGCGGUGCGCUGUCGGAUGGGGGGCUGUAAAGACGACAGUGAGAACUCACCCGACUCCUGCAAGAAUGGACAGGUGCAGAUCAUGACGGACUUUGAGAAGGAUGUGGAUUUGGCAUGUCAAACAGAGAGAGGACACCCAUUCAUUUUCAAGGAGGUUAACACCUGUAACCCGGCCACUAUCACCGGGACCCUCUCCCGCAUCUCCCUGGAUGACGAGGACGAUCCCAAGUUGGCAGCCCACCAGGAGGGGGGAGUGGGGGUCAAUUUCAGCUCCCUACCGGGGAACAUCCCCCCUCCCAACCUCAUUGUGCAGGUUCCACCUCUGGGAGGCCUCAACGAGCUGAGCGAGACACCUCUGAAAAAGGAGGUGAACGUGGAGCAGCAGAGACAGCAGGGGCAGCAGCGCAGUGGAGGACCUGUGUACCUGUGCACCGAGAGUGGCCUGGGCUGGGCGCGACCGCCCACUUCCUCCAACACCUCCCAGGAUGGGAGUGCCGGAAGUGGAGGAGGAGGAGGGGAGGGGGACUACAUGGUCUUACCUCGUAGGACGGUCAGUCUCAAACCCCCAGCGCCCUCUUCCCAAGGAGGGGGCAUGGGACUGGGGGGCGAGGACAAGCCCCUCAACAUCGCAGUGGAGGACCCUCCUUUCCCGCCGCCUCCCUCUCCCCUGACCCUCCACCCAGCUGAGAGUGAAGCCUACCCGGCUGAUUUUGUGCCACCAAGUGUGGGCGACAUGAACAUCGCCAUGAACCUCAACCGCUCCUACGGGACGAUCAAAACCAUGCCCCACGGGCACGGCCACAUGAUGGCUCAGGGAGGGCUUGUGCACUCCCAUGGGGGGCACGUACACUCCCAUGGGCAUUCACUCCAGCUAAAGUCAGGCCAGAGGCCGUCAGUCAGGCAGAUUCUGACGGGGGGAAGCACGGUGGAGAGAACCAGGACCCUGCCACGCAACCUGGGCAGCACCAACACCAACACCAGCCUCUCAGCAGGAUCCCUGGAGAGGAAAAGAGUACGGUACUCUGAGCUGGACUUCGAGAAAGUGAUGCACACUCGCAAAAGACAUUCUGAGCUGUACCAUGAGCUCAACCACUCCUCCAAGUUCCACACCAUAGACAGGUAUAGCAGGGACCCAGCCAUGUCCACAUUCAAGAGGGAAAAGCGAUGGAGCAUUUCGUCUGCCGGAGGUGAAAAGAACUCGUCGAGUGACAAGUCAACCCCGGAGGACCAGCGCUCCUGGGACAGUUUCAAGACCAUGACCCCCGAGCUGUCCAUCGUGCCUGGGGAGCAGAAGGACCGGAUGGAGCUGCACAACAAGACCUGGGACUCCUCCUCUGCUAACACGCCUGACUCAUCCGAGGGAGACUUCCAGACUGAAGUGUGAAGACACACCAGACCUGCUGCACACACUCACACAGACACAUAAUGCGCUCAGACCGAGAUACACACAGAGACACUGAACUCCUGAAAAGCUAUACACACGUACAUAAGCGCAAAUGCCCACACACCCAAAUGUUAACACACACACACACACACACACACCACUCCCCAUCCUCUGCGAUGUGCUCUGUCGGAUCCUAUACUGUAUUUGUUUACUGCUGCAGUGGACAGACAAGGAAAGAAGACUGUUCUACUCUAUAUUUUCGCAAAGACUAUUGAAAUGAAAGAACAGGGGCUUGCCACGUCUGUGAGUGAAGAAAAUUUUUAAAUGAACUUAAAAACAAAACAAACAAAAAGAAAAAAAAAAAAAAACCUAUGAAAAAAACUGUUUCUGAGAAAAAUGUCUUGAUUUUAUUCUAGAGAAAAAAUGAAAAUCUCUUUCACCUGUUUGAUGAUUUGGAGAAAAAAAAAAAAGAAAAAGAGUAUUUCUGCACCGUUCAGUUCUUUUUAUAGCAAGGGGAAAAAUCU